AUGGCUUCAUCAUCUGAAUGUGACUAUAAUUGUCCCGUGUGCUGUGAAAUCUUCAAGACUCCUGUUCUUUUAUCAUGUAGUCACAGUUUCUGUAAAGAGUGUCUGCAACAGUUCUGGAGAACCAAGAAAACUCAGGAGUGUCCUGUCUGCAGUAGAAGAUCUUCAACAGAUCUUCCUCCAGAAAAUCAGGCGUUACAAAACUUGUGUGAGUCGUUCCUGAAGGACAGAAAUGAGAAGCACUCAUCAGGAUCUGAGGAGAUCUGCAGUUUACACAGUGAGAAACUCGAACUCUUGUGUCUGGAGGACAAACAGCCGGUGUGUGUCGUGUGCAGAGAUUCACAAAAAGAUGCCAAUCACACAUUUAAACCAAUCAGUGAAGUGGUUUCAUCAUAUAAGGAGGAGAUCAAUACAGCACUGGAGUCCUUGAAGGAGAAAUGUAAAAAGACGGGAAACAUAGAAGAAGAGUUUGAGAAAACAGUUCAACACAUCAAGUCUCAAGCUGAUCACACAGAGUGUCAGAUUAAACAGCAGUUUGAGAAGCUUCAUCAGUUUCUCAGAGAUGAAGAAGAAGCUACAAUCACUGCACUGAGAGAGGAAGAGGAGCAGAAGAAGCAGAUGAUGAAGGAGAAGCUGGAGGAGAUGAACAGACACAUCUCAGCUCUUACAAACACAAUCAAAGACACGGAGGAGAUGAUGAAAGCCAGUGACGUCUGCUUUCUGAAGGAGUUUCCAGUCACGAUGGAAAGAGUCCAGAUCUCAUCACAUCUGGAUCCACAGAUGCCUUCUGGAGCUUUGAUUGAUGUGCCACGAUACUUGGGCAACCUGCCCUUCAGAGUCUGGAAGAAGAUGCAGGACAUCGUCCAAAACACUCCUGUGAUUCUGGAUCCAAACACGGCUCAUCCAGAUCUCGCUGUGUCUGAUGAUCUGACCAGUGUGAGCUGGAGCAAGACCAAUUACCUGCUUCCUGACAAUCCAGAGAGAUUCGACGGGUUUCUCUGUGUUCUGGGAUCAGAGGGUUUUAACUCAGGAACACACUGCUGGGAUGUGGAGGUUAAAGAGUGUCGAUGGUGGAUUGCUGGACUAACUACAGCAUCAAAUCCGAGGAAGCAAUAUGAUUUCUUUAACAAUGAUGUCUGGAGUGUGAGGCAGGGAAUGCUUGAGCCGUUUGGUUUUCUUGUUGAACAGGAAGUUGAGCGUGUGAGAGUUGAUCUGGACUAUGACAGAGGAACGGUGUCAUUCUCUGAUGCUGUAACUAACACACAUCUACACACAUUUACAACCACCUUCACUGACACACUCUUUCCUUUCUUCAGUAGUGACUCUCUGAAGAUCUUACCAUUCAAUAGUCAGUAAAUGUUACACCUGUAGUUCUGGAUCAACCUGCUCUUUUACUGUCAUCAUGUUUCCAAUAUGUAAUCCAUAUCAUAAUUUGUUCAUCAUGAGUUUAAAUUAAUAUUUCAGUUAUAAAGGUUAAAUUAUCAUUUAUUCAUUGAUGUAUACGGACUUAAAAGUCCUUUUUAAUCCACAUCAAUUUUAAAUGAAAUAUAAAUACUAUAGAAAUACUUGAUUAAAGCUGUUUACAAAUCAGAAUCUCAGACAAAAUUCUCUGGAACUCAUGGAAACCUCUUUAAAAGUUUGACACAUUUUGAUAAUCCCUUUAACAUUUUUUUUUUUUACAUUUUUGUUUUAAAUGAAAGGUUAAAUGUUUGGUCAUGGUAAUUAGGGUUUAUGUCAUUUGUGACUGGAUGGCUUAUUCCUCCAGUUUUUAAUGUAUUGAAGGCGGGGCAAUUGGAAGCAAUAACCCAUCUAUAAGUAGUCCUGGAAUCUCUAUGGACACUCCCGAUUGUCUUGGGGGAGUUCCUCCUUCCGUUAGCAUCCCAUGUGUGCUUUGUCAUUUCUUGACUUCUUUGCAUAUUUCAGGUAAAUGCAACGUACUUAGCCAGAGGCUUUGGGAUUCAAACUAUACCAAACAAUAUGGAAGCGUGAUCGUUCAGCGUGCUAGACCGUGGUUAUUGCUUGAAAAAGGCAAUUGGGAUCUUUCCUUCUUUGCCCAACCUUGUGUGUGGAGUGUGGUUGGGAGGGAGUCACCCUUGUUCUGAAAUCAAAAAUAGAAGGAACACCACCUAUUGUUUCAUGUUGUUUGUUCCAGUGUCUUCCGGCAAUUUAUUGUCUCUUAGUUUGUGGGUUUUGUUUAGAACUUGUUUAAUUUAUUUAUCUUUGAAAAAUUGUUUAAUGAUUAUUGUAUGUGAUUUCUUCCAUCCAUCCAUCCAUCAUCUUCCGCUUGUCCGGGGCCGGGUCGCGGGGGCAACAGUCUAAGCAGAGAUGCCCAGACUUCCCUCUCCCUAGCCACUUCCUCCACCUCCAACAUAGUCCCUCC